AUGUGCGGUGCAAAAAGUGAAUCAUUAAUUUUUAUUGGACUGCUUCUCAACUGCCUAGAAAUGAUCUUUUCAGCUAACACAGGUUUCUCUAUGUCUAUAUACAGUGUGACAUUACAAAGCGUUUAUCUCAGAUGGCCCAAGUUUUCAGGAGCCUCUUCUUGCAGAGCCACAGGUACAGGAGUGAAUACUGUAGGCCAUUCGUUACUGGCUCAUUUUAGUGAUGUUACACAUAAAGGAACUCUUACCUCAUUAAUUCCCAAUACUAUUUAUGCUAUACAAGCAGAAGCCAUUGACAGGAAUGGAAUUAUUCUUGCAGAAACACAGAUUAUGCAGUCAACAGUAAUACUGUUUGAAAGGGCCAAAUUUGAAAUGAACACGCAGAAACAACAUUCACUGAACUGUGAGAGGUUUCCCUCUGCCGUGGCUGUUCCUAGCACCUUGUUGCCCCAGCGCGCUGAAGUGUACGAAGUGAAAGCUGGGGACUGGAGCAGCGCGGUGCUCUGCAACAGCACCGCCACGGCCUGCGCCUCGGCAGCUCUGCAGGGCAACACCCCGAAUAAUAUCACGGUUUAUUCUUUCAGUGAGGCCAGGGGCAGCAACAUGUCGUGUGCAUCUAACAGGUAUGUUUCAGCUCCCUGCAGUCCUGAAAUUAAAAAUAUCUCAAAGGGCUCUUUAAUCGGUGUGCGCCGGCAGUUUAACAAUGAAGUAGCUACACAUAUUGUCACUGCCAGAGGAGAAGCUGGACUUUGGCAUUGCACAAGCUCUGGAAAUUCUUGUACCCUAACUAAUCUUCCCUGUGGAUCUGCUUUCUCCAUUAGUGCUAUAGCAAGAUCACCAGCAGGACAGAGCUUGCCAAGCUACGGUGUCCCUCUAGAGACAGCUCCUUGCUGCCCUAAUGACCUGAUACUAACUGAAGUGACACAGUCUGUAACAAAUAUCAGCUGGUCUGUUGGGAUGGGUGCACAGACAUACGUAACAGCAUUGGAGUCUCCAAAAGGACAGGCAAAGUGUCACACUCUUCAGAACUACUGUCUCCUGGGAUGCAUGACAUGCAGCACCAACUAUACAGUAUCACUGAAAGCAAUCAGUGAAAUGGGCUUGACAUCCAGUUGCACAUAUCAAGGAUAUUCUUCUAGUGCUUGCUCUCCUUCUGGGGUGAAGUCAUAUAGACUUGGCAAUAACGGUAUCAGGGUAUACCGGCAAGCUUCUGAAGAAAUGAUGAACAACAAUACUGAUUUACAUGGCUCAAAAGGCAAUUUCACCUAUAUCCCUAGCUCAGGUCUAAGUCACUGUGAUAUCACUGGGACACCUUGUAGAGAUGUCUACACAGUGGUUGUAUCUCCAGUUACUAAGGGGCUGAAGCUUACAUUUUGUCCUAAAAAAACAUAUUCAGUAACCUGUUCUGGAAGCUCUGUUGGAAUAGUGAUUUAUAGAGGAAAGAGCAAUGCAGAACAACAUACCUAG